AUGAGGUUUUACAGCAAUGCUCUUACAAAAGAACGGAAUAAAACAUACGAGAUACUAGGAAAGUUGCAAGAAAGCGAAGGAAAAGUACAGGCUUUGCAGGAUAUACAUCAAGACGCCCAGCGCUAUGAGGAGCGUCUAAGCCAGCUCUUCGGUAGCCUCUCAUCUAAGGCUCUUAAAGAUAAUUCGAGUCUAUUCUUGCAACAGACAAGAGAACAGCUUAGUGGUAUAGUAUCUCCACUGCAGAAAGACAUGGAACGACUGGAUACCAGUAUAGUAAACCUCGAGAAACAGCGCGAGGGGGCGUUUACAUCUCUCAACAGUUCAUUACUGCAUCUUAAUAAAGAAAUUAAAGAGCUCUACACAGCAAACUCAGACCUUACAAAGAGCACGCUACAACUCAACAGCGCGCUUCGAUCUGAUGUUGCCACUCGUGGACACUGGGGAGAAAUUCAACUUCGCAGAAUAGUGGAAAUAUCGGGCAUGAAACAACAUAUAGACUUUCUCGAGCAGGUAAGCACCAGCGCAGGAAGACCAGAUAUGAUCAUCAAGCUUCCAAGCGAGGGUAUCAUCCCAGUGGACGCUAAAACGCCUAUGAGUGCGUAUUUAGAGGCAUGUCAGGCUAGCACCGAAGAACAGAAAAAAAACGCCCUUUAUAGACACAAACAGUCUCUCCAUAAGCAUAUUGCUACACUCAGUAAAAAAGAGUACUGGACAGCCUUUGACCGCACCCCGCAGCUUGUUAUUAUGUUUGUUCCAUACGAAUCGGGUAUUGAGGCAUCCUUUUCCAUAGACCCCGACCUUCUCGAUAAUGCCUUGCUCAACAAAGUAAUAGUAGCUGGCCCCUCCUCCCUCUACGCCUUGCUUAAGGUAAUAUCUUUUGGGUGGAUGCAAAUUGAAUUAAGCAAGAAUGCAGAGGAGAUACUCUCUGCAAGUCAGGAGCUCUUUAAGAGAUUUUCUACAUUCUUUGAACAUUAUAAAAAAAUAGGAGUGCAACUUAAAAGUGCUGUCGAUAGUUAUAACAACGCAAACUCAUCAUGCAAGGCACGUUUGCUUCCCCAAUUACAAAGGAUAAAAGAAAUGGGUGUUAAGCAAUCUGAGGUAUUAGAUGACGCAGAUUUGCUACCAUUAGAACAUCCUCAAUAUGAAUAG